CAAUGGCCUCUUCAAGCUAUGCUUUGAGAACUAUUCCAUCUUCCUUUGUUAAACCAACUGCUUUUGCCACCACCCCGAAAUCGUUCCUCACACCCUCAUCUGCUUUCACAAAGAACCUAAGGAUGAACACUGCAUUCUCACAAUCUUGCUUUUCUUCGUUGCCUAUGAAAUCUUUUACUUGCAAAAGCCAAGCAAAUGAGCAUGCUGACACUGAAAAAGUUCAAGAAAUGCAUGUGUAUGAGUUUAAUGAGAGUGACCGUGGUAGCCCUGCUUACUCGAGGUUAAGCAAUAAAAGUGUCAAUUCUCUUGGUGACUUAGUCUCCUUCAGCAACAAAGUAAAUUUCUUUCUAUUAAUUCUCUUUUAUAUUUUUGUGAUCAAAAUUAUUGGUAGUUUUUUAUCGGUUUAA